GCCACUCGUUCGCAACCUGCCAUUAGAUCGCUUCCUUAGCCUUCGGCGAUUCCUUUUCGAAACCCUAGAAUACAGAUCGAACUCAUCGCCGGGGCUAUGUCUCACUUCGGGAGAACAGGGCCGCCGGACAUCAAGGAUACAUACUCCCUCCUCGUCCUCAACAUCAGCUUCCGUACCAACGCCGAUGAUCUCUUCCCGUUGUUUGAUCGGUACGGGAAAGUGGUUGACGUCUUUAUUCCGAGGGACCGGAGGACUGGGGAGUCUCGGGGGUUUGCUUUUGUGAGGUAUAAGUAUGCAGAUGAAGCGCAGAUGGCUGUCGAAAGGCUUGAUGGGAGGGAAGUUGAUGGUCGGAAUAUUAUGGUUCAAUUUGCCAAAUAUGGUCCAAAUGCUGAACGCAUUCAUAAAGGAAAAAUUAUGGAAGCAAUCCCAAGCAGACGGGGAAGAUCUAGAAGUCGCAGCCCUCGCCCCAGACAUAGAGACAGCUAUCGAGAUCGAGAAUAUAGAAGGCGAAGCCGCAGUAGAAGCAGAGAUAGGUAUGAGAGAGAUAGGUAUAGUGACCGUGAGAGAGAGAAUCGCCGCCGAAGUCGAAGCCGAAGCCGAAGCCGAAGUCCUAGUAGAAGUCCUGACUAUCAUAGGAGCCGUGGCAGAGAUAGCCGUAGGAGCAGGAGUGCUUCUUAUGACAGUGCUUCACCAAUUAGGCGUAGUCCUAAUCCUGCAAGGAGUUCAUCACCCCGUCGCACUCCUCCCUCAAGCCCUGAGAAAGGGAGCCAUGGCGGAAAGUCACCCCCUCCAAAAAGUGUCUCUCCUGCAGGUCGCUGUACAAAUUCUCGAAGCCCAUCUCCUCACAGCUCAAAUGAGGAUUGAUGGAUGCUUAGGUGUUGAAGAACUUGUGUGACAAUUGCUGUGUUACUUUUUGUUCGCUGGGCUGCUAUAAGGUUACAUGUUGUCUUCAUUAGACCGCCGGUAGCUUUCAAAAUGACUAGCAGAUGGUGUUAAACUAGUUUUGGAAUUUCCAGGUUUAAUUGUUGGACAAUUCUGUUAUUGUGUAACUUAAUACUAUCUGCUUUCUUCCCUUUAUUAAUCUUCUGGACCUAUUUGCUCACUA